UUGACCUCUCUGCCCAGCAUUCACUAUGCACUUAUGCCUGAAAUGUUAACUGAAAAAAAAUCCUUUCCUUCAUUAGAAUGUGGGAAUUUUGCUGUACUGGUGGAUCUUCAUAUAUCGCCACAAGGUUCAAACAAAGAUACCAGCUGGUUUUCUGAACAGAAGAAAGAGGAAGUCUGUUUGCUGUUAAAAGAAACCAUUCUUUCAAGAGUUAAGGAGUACUUGGAAGUUCAUAAACAGCACAGGCCAUCAAAUACAGAAUUCACAAGAUCCAGUCCCUUGUCCUUAAAAGGUUAUGGCUUUCAGAUCACAGCCUAUUUCCUCAAGAGAGGGAUACACCUCCGCUGCAUCGAGAGCUCACAGAAUACUGAACUCCGUGUAUUCCCUGACAGAUUUGUGGUCUGUGUUAGUCAGCUUGAAUUUAAUCAUGAUAUUUUGGCAAAUCAGAAUGAAGAAUUGACAGAAAGAGCUCUCCACGGAGUGUCUGAUUAUUUUGCUGAGUGUGCUGAGAAUCUACUUCCUCCCAGUGCAAAGCUCAAGAGAAAUGCUCUGAAACAAAUUGCGAAAAGAACAAAAACAAAAAGUAACGUGGAGAGCAAAUCACAGACCAGCAGAGACAUUGUGGGAACAUCUAGUGACUCAGUGAUUGCGGAGGUAGCAAGGAGGAGGGAUGAUGGUCAGGCCUCAUCAGAAUCCACAGGACAAGCAAAGGAUUACAUAAAGGCAGCUGAGUGCCACCAGAGUCUUCCUGUUCAAAAGCUGGAAAAUGUUAAUCAGACCCAGCCAGAAGACACUAGCAGCCAGCAAAAACCUCAUCCUGGGGAGCGGUCAAAGACAGGGCUUCUAAGCAGGAGCCCUGUCUAUAGCUGUGAGUCAGCAUCACCAGGUCCAAAGCAAAGUCCACGAGUAGCCAAAACACAACAGAAACGCAGGAACUGCGGCUCUGCGGAAGACUUCGACCACCACAAGAGAGUUUCUCUUGGAAGUGAUCGAUUAGUCCCAGGAGAAAUAAUACUGGAGAAAAGCACAGCUGUCAAUGUUUUGCCAAUUUUAGAGUUGUCAGAUCCGGGGUUACUUUUGAAACAAGAUUUGGCAAAAACCAUGUCUAAGGAAGAGUUGCAUGUUUUGGAAAAUCUCCCCUCCAGACAUCUUAUAAAAAAUAACCCAAGGCAGGCACAGCAAACCGGCUCAGCCACAAACACUGAAAGAUCAUCUGCAAUUCAAGGCAGCCCAACCAAGAAAAGAAAGAAAUUGCAAAGGAUUGCAAAGUCAUAGUUGAGGAUAAUAGUAGCCAAAUAUGUGACAAGAGCGCCAACAUGUAUAGAUGCUGAGACUUAAAAGGAAUUUGUUAGAAAGAUUUUGUUUGUUUGUUUCUAUCUUUAUCACAAUAUUGGGGAUUAAAUCUAAGGUUUCGUACAUGCCAGGAAAAUCCUCUACCAAUGAGCUGCAUCCUCAGCCUUCCAAAUAGCUGGGAUUAUGGGCAUGUACCACCACGCCUGGCAAAAUGAUUAUUUUAAAUAAAACAGUACAUAUCCACAUUGGGGUUUGCUUUCCAGCAGUCACCUUCAGGAGGCUAUCUGUUUAUUCUAAUAAUGCUCUCUUUUCAUCAUACUUUAUAACUGUCUUCAGAAAUUGUAUUGAUAAAGAGCCAUCCACCUUGGUGGAGAGGAGACUAUUUGUGCAAGGACUGCAUGAAGAAACCAGUCACAUGUUCCUCCUUGACAUUACCAUGCAGACCUCAUGAUGGGACACAUGAAGACAGUGCCUCGUGCUAUAGUUAAGUUCUAGGGGUACAGUGGAUCCUCCUGCUCCUCAGCUUCAGAAGGGGGCAGUGAAAGAAAAAGCCAGUGGUUCUAAACCACUGGGACCAGCAUCAUUGGAAACAUGAAUUAGAAAUGUGGGUGUCAAGCCCCACCCCAGACCUAUAGAAUGAGAAGCUCUUGGUGACUCUAAAAUAUGCCGAAGCCUGAGAACCACUGGACUAAUUGAAGUCUCCUUCAUGUUUAUUUCCUCCAGCCUGGCUCCCAUGGCCUCCAGCUCAUCAGCUGGGGCCACGUGUGGACAUGUACACCCUCAUAUUCCCUCAAACUUAUAAAACACCUGGGUUCAGUGUAUGAGUCACUCUGUUCCCAGAUUCUACAGUAUGACAGCCACAGCAUCGAGGGAGCUGUUACUUAUGCUUAUAAUUGCCGGAAGUUUAUGGAUAAUUUAUCCCAGCAUUAGAGGAAGAAAUGGGAGAGGCUUGCUCUUACUUGUAGCUCAGGCCUAUCCCUGUCCCUGCCCUUUCUUCCACCUCUAAGAUUUUGGUUAGGUUCAGGACAGACCAGAACCCAAGAGGAAGUCAGUGACCAGUGUUUAGUUUCCCAUUUGGAAGUCUUCACAGGCAAUUUAAGUUUCUUCUCUGGUCUCACAACUUACUCUUAAAAAGAUUAGAAGCUUGUGGUGGGGAUUGUGGCUCACCUAGCAUGUACGAGGCCCUGGGUUCGAUCCUCAGCACCACAUUAAAAAAAUAAAUAAAUAAAAUA